CAUGUGUUGCCUAGCUAGGCCAUUUAUGAAAAAUGAAUGCGACCGCCGUUUUCAAGAAUAAACGUUGUACUUUGGAGAGAGCAGAGAAGUUUAUAUCGGACACGUAUUUCACCGAUGUGAACUUAAGACUGAAGGAACCCUCUGGUGCUUUCAGCCGUCUUCCUUUAUUGAAAGCCUGUUUCAGCUACGAGUGCCAUCCACAACAAAGCCAACAAGAAGGAGCUUCAUUCAGUGGUAAAGCAAUAGAGUAAAGACCGCACAAGACAUCAGCAGGUCCACGCUCAAGAGAGAGUGUUCAUUUGUGACAUUUGUGGCAGAGGCUUCUCACUGAAAGGCACCGAAUCAAUGCAUCAGUUGAUCGACACUGAAGAGAAACAUUUGUGAUGUUCUGAUCAAGUGCUUCUCGCGGAAAUGUCAUCGUCAACAACAGAGAAUCCACACUAAUGACAAUUUGUGACAUUUGUGGCAAAGGCUUCUCUUGAAGUUGCAACCUACGAAAACAUACAAUGGCCCACACUAACGAGAAACCAUUUGUUUGUGACACUUGUGGCAAAGGCUUCUCACAGAAAGGUAGCCUUCAAGUACAUCAGAGGGUCCACACUAAUGAGAAACCAUUUGUUUGUGACAUUUGUGGCAAAGGCUUCUCACAUAAUGCCUCCCUUCAAAUGCAUGAGAGGAUCCACACUAAUGACAAAUCAUUCGUUUGUGACAUUUGUGGAAAAGGCUUUUCAGUGAACGGCAGUCUUCACAGACAUCGGAGGGUCCACACUAAAGAAAAACCAUUUGUAUGUGACAUUUGUGGCAAAGGCUUCUCACAGCAAGGUAGCCUUCAAGUACAUCAGAGGGUCCACACUAAUGACAGACCAUUUGUGUGUGACAUUUGUGGCAAAUGUUUCUCAGAUAUUGGCACCCUAAAAAAACAUAUGGUGGUCCACACUAAAGAGAAACCAUUUGUUUGUGACAUUUGCGGAAAAGGCUUUUCAUUGAACAGCAGUCUUCACAGACAUCAGUGGGUCCACACUAAAGAGAAACCAUUUGUUUGUGACAUUUGCGGAAAAGGCUUUUCAGCGAACAGCAAUCUUCACAGACAUCAGAGGGUCCACACUAAAGAGAAACCAUUUGUUUGCGACAUUUGUGGCAAAGGCUUUUCAUUGAACAGCAGUCUUCACAGACAUCAGAGGGUCCACACUAAAGAGAAACCAUUUGUUUGUGACAUUUGCGGAAAAGGCUUUUCAGUGAACAGCAGUCUUCACAGACAUCAGAGGGUCCACACUAAAGAGAAACCAUUUGUUUGCGACAUUUGUGGCAAAGGCUUCUCACAGAAAGGUAACCUUCAAGUACAUCAGAGGGUCCACACUAAGGACAGACCAUUUGUGUGUGACAUUUGUGGCAAAUGCUUCUCUGAUAGUGGCUACCUAAAAAAUCAUAUGAUGGUCCACACUAAAGAGAAACCAUUUGUUUGCGACAUUUGUGGCAAAGGUUUCUCGCGUGACCAAACCCUAAAACAACAUCGGAUGAGCCAUAAUAAUGAGAAACCAUUUGUUUGUGACAUUUGUGGUAAAGGCUUUUCAGAAAACGGCAGUCUUCACAGACAUCAGAGGGUCCACACUAAAGAAAAACCAUUUGUAUGUGACAUUUGUGGCAAAGGCUUCUCACAGAAAGGAAACCUUCAAGUACAUCAGAGGGUCCACACUAAAGAAAAACCAUUUGUUUGUGACAUUUGUUGCCAAAGCUUCUCAUGGAAAGGUUACCUUCAGCAACAUCUUAGGGUCCACACUAAUGACAAACCGUUCGUUUGUGACAUUUGCGGAAAAGGCUUUUCAGUGAACAGCAGUCUUCACAGACAUCAGAGGGUCCACACUAAAGAAAAACCAUUUGUAUGUGACAUUUGUGGCAAAGGCUUCUCACAGAAAGUAAACCUUCAAGUACAUCAGAGGGUCCACACUAAUGACAGACCAUUUGUGUGUGACAUUUGUGGCAAAUGUUUCUCUGAUAUUGGCACCCUAAAAAAACAUAAGGUAGUCCACACUAAAGAGAAACCAUUUGUUUGUGACAUUUGCGGCAAAGCCUUUGCGCUAAACGGCAACCUUCAACAACAUCAACGGAUCCACACUAAUGAGAAACCAUUUGCUUGUGACAUUUGCGGCAAAGCCUUUGCGCUAAACGGCUACCUACAACGACAUCAACGGAUCCACACUAAUGAGAAACCAUUUGCUUGUGACAUUUGCGGCAAAGCCUUUGCUCUAAACGGCAACCUACAAAAACAUCAACGGAUUCACACUAACAAGAAACCAUUUGCUUGUGGUGUUUGUGGCGAAAGCUUCUCACAUAUUGGCAAUCUUCAAUAUCAUCAGAAGACCCACACUAAAUGAGAAACUGUUGUGACAUUUGUGGUUGAUGCUUCCGCUGGAAAAGAAAUCUUUGCCAACAUCAGAGUCCAUUCCAGUGAAAAAUCAUUUAAGUGACAUUUGUAGCAGAUGCUCAUUCACUGAGUCAGUUUAUCACCUACAACAUUAUUAUUUACUAGGUACAUUUUCAUGGAGUGGCAUGUGGCAAUAUGUAGGGCUGGUGGCCCACAGCUCCAAGCAUGUUUACCAAGUGUUAUCUUAUCCAGUUCAUGUAUCUAAAUGAGGAAGUGUGCAAUAUUGUAUCAGUGCUCAAUUGCCAGUGAAAGCUGCUUGGGAAAAAUGAACACUUGCUGAACAGGUACAAGCUGGGCGGAGCUAUAUUUACAGUUAUUUGUAUAAAAAAAAUUGUAGUUCAGGCCAUAAAAAAAAAAGUCUCUGGUUUCUGGUCUGCGCGUGCGUCGCCGUAGCCAUGCGCGUCGGCAAAAUUAAUAAGUUUUUUUUUCAAUGGAAGAUGAUGUCUCAAAACUGCCAAACUCACUGGUUUGACUGGAAUCCUGCUGCUGUGCAAUUUUGACAAGUUUUUAGACGGGGUUACAAUUGAGUAUAAGCUUUAUGUGGCCUCUCUGGGCUCCCAUACAUUUUGCACAAAAUUUAGUCGGGCACCAUUUGCAGCCAUCAGCCGACAUUUGAAGAAAAAAAAGUUUAAAAAAAAAUAAAAAAAUGCUGCAUCGCCGCACCACUUUUGAGGCAAGCUCCAUACCAGAAACCGAAGACUUUUUUGAGGCGCCUGCCUUUUUGUCUUAUUAAAUGUACCUGUACAGACUGUUAGUACAUGAAGCAUGAUGUUUGAACUGCCAAUCUUGUUUUGAUUUGACACUACAAUGUUUUUAUCAAACACACUUUAUUUAUUUCGAGUGCAACUUCCCUAGACUUUGGUUUGCGAACAGUUACUAGCUGGGUGGAGUUAUAUUUACAUAAAGUUAAAUAUUCAGUAUGUAGUUAAUUUUCUGUUGUUACAUGUGUGAUAUGUAAUGUACAGUAGCCUGAUUUUGGAAUUGCCAUUCAUGUAUAAUGUCAUCCUUUUUUUCAUAUGACCCUCCAAUGUUUGCCUUCAAACACCUUUUACUUCAGAUGGAUUUUUACCAGAAUUGGUUUGUAUAGGGCCUUCUGUAUUGAAGUGUUGGGCAAAAUCAUAUAUUUUUGUGUUGACACUAAUUAAUUUAUCUUUUUGAUAUUUGCAAUGAAUCUUGGGUACAGAUGUAAAACUAGGCAGUACGUCGUUAAGUGGUUACGUUAUACACCGCCAAGGUCACACGUUGACUGGGGUGACAUUUCCACACAAACCUGGACUUAACAAUUUGCAAAGAUAUGUGAAUUUCUAUUAAACUUUUAAUGUUACUAUUUUUUACAAAGUAAUUCCCCUUCAGAGUACCAGUUGUGAUUUUGAGUUUUCUUUCUUUGUAAUUUGUAAACAGCAAGGAUAGAUUUGGUAAUUUAUUAUUUUGAAUGAAGAUUGCUUGUAACUUUGUUUCAAAGAAAUGUGUCUUAGGAAGUUAUUAAUAUUUAUACAGACAAUUAUAAAGAUAAAAAGAGUAUGGAGUCAUUAACACUUCCUGGCAAGCCAAGUUGCAUAAUUAAGCACAAAGUUAGUAACACCACUAGUGGUCCCUGUUUGAAAGCAUUUCGUAUCAUUUACAGUCUGCUCCCGUUACCAUGAAAACGAUGCGAUGCGAGGGUGCAGCCUAGCCUUCACCAUAGCUGUUAAAUCAAUGCACAGCACAUGUAUCAACAAAACAUCCUGGAUAAAUUGGUGGGACAGUUUGACAUAAAUUUGAAUAAUUAUAGUACAGUGUCAUUAGCUGCACAUGGGCAUUCAAAACAUGUUUGUUUUAAAUGCUUACAUUGGACAAAUUACCUUAGUUAUUAAUUGUAGCUCUAUUAUUGUCUUGAAAUUUUGGCGACAGACUAGUACCGGUAAUCCAUAGAAAGCUACAUGUACAGCUAUGCAAAUCCUCAGUAUAAAUUAAGUCCAUGUAAUUUUGGAUAGAACUGUAGCGUGCAUGUUGAAUGUCUGUUGUAAAUAAAUACGUUACUUGUUCAAAACAUGUCUAACAAUA